AGCCAAACUUGGAAUAGAGAGAGAUGCGGAUACAGGGCAGAUAGAGAUACUGUGGUAUAUUCUUUUAUGAUGUUCACAAAUAGAGAGGCAUCCCCAAUCGGGAGAUACAGACAGUAGAAGAAGCGUGCGUGUAAUUUCCGCUUUGUUUCUGCGAGGGGAAAAUAAAGGGGGAAGAAAAAGAAAAAAAAGAAAAAAUCCAUCUUUGCCAUGUUCGGAAGCUGUAAAAAUGGAUUGAACGAGAGGAUUUGGAGAGUGCCUUGUUGGCCUCUCUGAAUUCCCGUCUUCAAUCUUUGCCCUUAAGAGUCAGUUCAUCUUAGCCCCUUUCCGUUUUCGUCUUUUUUGUUUUCAGAAACUGGCCAUAGCGUUGCCGGAAAGUUGGUACAGUGUGAAGCCAAGAAAGUGGGGGAAGUUCUUUGCUUGGAAUCAGUGUUGAGGGCUUGGCUUGGGUUGAUUGUUCAUCACCGGAGGAUUCCUGUGGUCAUGAUUUUCUGUAGCUCUGAACUGGUCCGAGGACAAGACCUCUGAUUCAACACCAAUCUGCUCUCAACUCAUCUGCUCAUCCGUGGAACAUAAGCGAACAUUGACAGAAAAAUCUCUUGUGUACAGUCAUCAAUCUUCCAGCAAGAGCUCUCCCCAUGUUUAGGUUGAUACUCUUUCUACGAGGCAAAUCUAACUCCUUUGGUAUUGAGUGAAGAUGACUUAAAGUUUGGCUGGACUGACGAGGCAACUCUCUUUGGCUUCUAAAGUAUAGAUAGAUCCUUCCAGUUCUUUAGCAAUUUGAGUUUGACGUUGGUUUGUUAGAAUUCUCGGUUAAUCUCGUUUGGGAAAUUUGAGUUUGACGUUGGUGUGUUAGAAUUCCAUUAUUUGAGGGUGCUUUUUGCACUGGCUGCACUGUCAGCCGAAACUUGUCCCCCUUCCCCUGGGCAAAUCUCCUUUGGCAUUUUGGAGUCUCAGUACUCCUUACCCUUCAUUGGGCAAAUCUCGGUUAUUUGGCAUUAUAGGAGUGUUCAUACUCCUGUAACUGUACCGGGCAAAUCUCCUUUGGCAUACAAUCUCCAGUGCUGGAGAUAUAUUUAAGCUAAAAAAAAAAAAGGAAAAAAAGAAGAAAGAAAGUAAGUAUUGUUGAUUCUGGUUGCAGUGGAUAUCUUGUAGUCGUUGUGUGGCAGUGGUAUCAUUGGAACUUAGUUGAUCACAUCUUUAAUUGUGGUGCAUUAUGGAAUCGCUUCUCAGUGACUUUGACAGUAUGAGUGAGAGCAGCAGUUCUGAUGAUCAAGAGGAUAUGGAGUCUCUGUAUGGUGGACAAGCUCGGACAAUUUUCUCAAGUCUCGAGGAGACCAUUGAGAAGAUUGAUGAUUUUCUCUUGUUUGAGAGGGGUUUCUUGCACAACGACAUCGUUUGCAUGGCUUCCGAUCCACUUGGCCUACAGGGAAAGGUCAUUGAUGUGGACAUGACCGUGGAUGUCGAAAACAUCUAUGGAUGCAAAAUUUCUGAUAUCAAUACUAGAGAUCUUCAGAAAAUACGCUCGAUUUCUGUUGCAGAUUAUGUGAUACUUGGGGCGUGGAUUGGGAAAGUCGAAAGGGUAAUCGACUGUUUGACCAUUCUGCUCGAUAAUGGCACAAAGUGCCAGUUAUCUGCUGAGGGCCCUGAGAAGAUUACUCCGACAUCACCUGAUUUAAUCGAUGAUCCUCACUAUCCUUUCUAUCCUGGACUAAGGGUUCAGGUUGAGUAUAUGUCUACCUCUGCACCAACUCGCUGGCUGUGUGGCAAUCGAAAGGAUAGAAAAGAGCAAGGAACUGUGUGCAAUGUGGAUGCUGGACUUGUAUAUGUCGACUGGCUUUGUUGUGCUUUAAAUGGGAGCAAGAAGAUACCUGUGCCUUUAGGUUUUCAGGAUUCGAAAAGUUUGACUGUUCUUCCCUGUUUCCCCCACACAAAUUGGCAGCUCGGUGAUUGGUGUUCUCUUCCGGCCAAGCAGAGUUUUCCGAGUGCUAUUGUUUCUCAAAUGGUUAAAGGUCAUGAUCAAUCUGAUGCAACGGUUCAGACAUGGGAGGGAGGUCCUAAUUUUCGACAGACUGCUGUGAUCAUAAAAACUAAAACUAAAGUUGAUGUUCUGUGGCAGGAUGGAAGCCUAUCUAUGGCAUUGGAUUCCCAUUUAUUACUUCCUAUAAACGUUGUGGAUGGCCAUGACUUCUGGCCGGAGAUGUUCGUGUUGGAAAAGGGGACGGGAACACUUGAUGAUUCACAGAAGAAAUGGGGUAUCAUCAGAACUGCUGAUCCUAAAGAACGAACUGUGCAGGUGAGAUGGUGCAACUUGUUGCCGGAACCAUGCAAAUCGGAGGAAACAGAUAUUGAGGAAAUUGUGAGCGCUUAUGAACUUGUCGAGCAUCCAGACUACUCGUACAGCCUUGGCGAGGUGGUCCUCAAGGCUGAUGAAGGUCUUCUUGAACUUAAAAAUGGAAACAAUGCAACAGGCGAUACGGUCUCUAAGAUUCACAUGAGGGAGGAAGCUGCUCCGGAGGAUGGUGAAAAUGGUGGGGAUCAGAGCGAGAAUCUGAAGAGUAAAUACCUGUCGUAUUUUGGGACCGUUGUUGGAUUCAAACACGGCCAGGUUGAAGUCAAAUGGGCCGAUUGUGCUACAAGCAAGGUAGCGCCCUGUGAGAUUUUUCGGGUUGAUAAAUGUGAGAGCUCAACGGCAUCUGUGCUUGGUGAAGAAAACAAUCAACAACCGAAUGAAGAACUCCCUGUAAAGAACCAAUUACUAGGUCAAAAGCUAAUGGGUGAGUCAGAUCUUCACUGUGAUAAUACAAUGGAAUCCAUCUUACCUUCCAUUUCUCAAGUCGCAAAAGGCCUUUUCACUAGGAUUGCUUCGAGCUUAUUCGGGUCUGCACACACAUCCCUGAUUAGUCGUUAUCAGUGCACAUCAGUAGAUGCACAGGGGCACAGCCAAACCCCUGAGGAGGAAGCUGUGGAGCUUAGCAAUCUAAACCUUGGUGGACAACUUCUAGCUGUCGAUGACUCAGAGUUGCCGGAAAGAAUCAUUCCACAGAAGAUUGAAGAAGUUGAGCAUCUGGACUCUUUUAGGCAAUUUGAUAUGGUUAACAAUUGUUUCGAUCACCAUUUUUUCCACCAAUCCGGGAUAAAUCUGCAGUCUCCCCAGUUGAAAAGAGGCUGGAUGAAGAAGGUUCACCAGGAAUGGAGCAUUUUUCAGAAGGAUCUUCCUGAGAGUCUGUACGUCCGUGUCUACGAGGAAAGAAUGGAUUUGGUGCGAACUGCGAUACUAGGCAGUGAUGGAACUCCAUAUCACGAUGGAGUUUUCUUUUUCGAUAUUUACCUUCCUCCACAAUAUCCAAACGAACCACCUAUGGUCUUCUACAACUCUGGUGGGCUCAGGUUAAAUCCAAAUUUGUACGAGUCGGGGAAGGUUUGCCUCAGCCUUCUCAACACAUGGUCAGGAUCUCAAAGUGAAGUCUGGAAUCCAAGCUCCUCGACGAUCCUUCAAGUGCUUCUCUCCCUCCAGGCCCUUGUGCUCAAUGAAAAACCUUAUUUCAACGAGGCUGGUUUUGAUGCGCAGAUUGGCCGCGCAGAAGGUGAAAAGAAUUCAUUCUCGUAUAACGAGAAUGCCUUCCUCGUCAACUGCAGGUCCAUGCUGUACAUACUGCGCAAGCCUCCCAAGCAUUUCGAGGCGCUUGUGGACGAACACUUUAGUCGCCGCAGCAAAAAGAUCCUGUCAGCUUGUAAGGCUUAUGUGAAAGGAGCUCCAGUUGGACAUCCGUUUAAUCAUGGGAACGACGAGCAAGGAAUUCAGGAAGGAUGUUCGACGGGCUUCAAGAUCAUGCUGACGAAGCUCUACCCUAAACUCGUCGAAGCAUUUUCUGAGAAGGGUUUCAUCUGCGGCGAUGUGUCCGACCAGGUUCUCUAAAACAAUCCUAUCCUUUGAAUUAUAUCUAUACUGUGUAUAUUAUCUUUACUGCUAGUCUAUCCUGUGAUUCAAUCGAUGUGUGAUGCAAGCACUGCAUUAGGAUGAGUUUCAUAGUGUGGAAACUCGAACAAUUGCAGUGGCGUGUAUUGUUGUUGUAAUAUAGCGUGGUUUGGAAUAAACCAUGUACCGUAUGUACACUCAAACUUUAGGUACAUGGAAUGGUUUUUAUGUGUGAA